AUGGCUGCAGAGCGUGCGGCGCAGCACCGCGUCGCUCGGCGAGAUGCUGGACGAGCUGAUGGACCUCGGGCGCCUGGACGGCGGGCAUUACACGCCGCUGCUCAGCGAGGUGCCGCUGGGCGAGCUGAUGCAGGAGGUGAUGCUGCACUUCGGCCCGCUGGCCCGCCGCAAGGGCCUGACGCUGCAGGCGCCGCCGGUGGAUGCGAGCAUCACCUCGGACCGCCACCUGCUGCGCCGCAUCCUGUUCAACGUGGUCUCCAACGCGAUCAAGUACACCGACAGCGGCGACGUGCGCGUGAGCCUGGCGACCGUGGGCGGGCAGGUGCGGCUGAGCGUGCAGGACAGCGGCCCCGGCAUCCCGCAGGACAAGAUCGACGACGUGUUCCGCGACUACGUGCGGCUGAACCCGAUGAAGGCAGCGGAGGGGCUCGGCAUCGGGCUGUCCAUCGUGCGCCGGGCGGCGGAGCUGCUGGGGCACGAGCUGACGCUCGAGUCCGAACCCAGCCAGGGCACCUGCGUGAGCCUGACGCUGCCGCUGAGCCGCACGCAGCCGGCAGCAGCGGCCGAUGGGGAGGAGGAGUCCGUGGCGGUGGCGGGCGGCAGGCUCGCCGUGAUCGAGAACGAUGCCGACGUCCGCGACGCGAUGGUGGCGCUCCUCACGAGCUGGGGCUAUGCCGCGAAGGCGUUCAACGUGAUGCCGUAGUCCUUGCUGAUCGUGAUGUCAGCGAAGCCGUAGAACACGUCGCUCGCCGACGAGCCGGUGGGGUCGCGCAGCGUCAGCCCGAUGAAGCUGCGGCCAGGCAUGAAAUUGCCGAAGACCGGGCCGAGGUCGGCAUAGCCCGCGCCGGGGCUCUGGAAGCCGGUGCCCGGGCCGAUGGUGACCCCCGCCCCGAAGGCCGCGGGGUUGAGGUUGUUGGCCGAGGCGUAGAUGACGCCAUUGCCGCGCGAGAAGAAGCCCUGCGUGUAGACCAGGGCCUCGGGCGUGGGCUGGGAGGCGUCCAGCAGCAGGAAGAACUUGCCGUCCUCGAACAGCGUGUCGGGGAAGAGGUAGCCGCGCGUCUCGGCAUAGCCGGUCAGCGGGUUGAACCACACGCCGGUCCCGUCGCAGCACCCGCCGCCGGGGUUGGGCGCGGUGCUCAGCGGGACGGCGAGCGGCGUGUAGACGACCGCGGCCGGCGCGGUGGCGCUGGCGGCGAGCAGCGCGGAUGUGGCGGGAGCUUGCGGUUUGCAACUCCCGUGCCCGGCCCGGCAUCGCGCACCCGCCGGGCAGCGCCAUGCCCGAUUCGAGGGGCCUGCGGUGGGUGA